GAUGCGGCUGCUGUUGGUCCUACUGGGGGUCCUGCUGGGGGCACCUGGGGCUCCAGCUUUGUCCUUUGAGGCCUCUGAGGAAACGGAGCUGGAGCCCUGCCUGGCCCCCAGCCCGGAGCAGCAAGAGCAGGAGUUGACGGUGGCCCUUGGGCAGCCUGUGCGGUUAUGCUGUGGGCGGGCUGAGCGCAGUGGCCACUGGUACAAGGAGGGCAGUCGCCUGACACCUGCUGGCCGGGUACGAGGCUGGAGAGGCCGCUUGGAGAUUGCCAGCUUCCUACCCGAGGAUGCUGGCCAGUACCUCUGCCUGGCACGAGGCUCCUUGCUUCUGCACAACGUCAGCUUGGUUGUGGACGACUCCAUGACCUCCAGCAAUGGCGACGAGGACCCCAAGAUCCACAGGGGCCCCUUGAAUGGGCACGUUUACCCCCAGCAAGCACCCUACUGGACGCACCCCCAGCGCAUGGAGAAGAAACUGCAUGCGGUGCCUGCCGGGAACACCGUCAAGUUCCGCUGUCCAGCUGCAGGCAACCCCAUGCCCACCAUCCGCUGGCUCAAGGAUGGACAGGACUUCCACGGGGAGCACCGCAUUGGAGGCAUUCGGCUGCGCCACCAGCACUGGAGCCUGGUGAUGGAAAGCGUGGUGCCCUCUGACCGUGGCACGUACACCUGCCUCGUGGAAAACUCUUUGGGCAGCAUCCGCUAUAGCUACCUGCUGGACGUGCUGGAGCGGUCCCCGCACCGGCCCAUCCUUCAGGCAGGGCUCCCAGCCAACACCACGGCUGUGGUGGGCAGUGACGUGGAACUGCUCUGCAAGGUGUACAGCGACGCCCAGCCCCACAUCCAGUGGCUGAAGCACAUCGUCAUCAACGGCAGCAGCUUCGGGGCCGACGGCUUCCCCUAUGUGCAAGUCUUAAAGACAGCGGACAUCAAUAGCUCAGAGGUGGAGGUCUUGUACCUUCGGAAUGUAUCUGCUGAGGAUGCAGGCGAGUACACCUGCCUGGCGGGCAACUCCAUUGGCCUUUCCUACCAGUCGGCCUGGCUCACGGUGCUGCCAGAGGAGGAUCUCACGUGGACAGCAACAGCACCCGAAGGCAGGUACACGGACAUCAUCCUGUACUCGUCAGGCUCUCUGGCUCUGAUCGUGUUCCUGCUGCUGGUCGGGCUAUAUCGCAGGCAGACGCUCCUCACCCGACACCACCGACAGCCCGCCACCGUGCAGAAGUUAUCUCGCUUCCCUCUGGCCCGACAGUUCUCGCUGGAGUCAGGCUCCUCAGCCAAGUCAAGCUUGUCCCUGGUGCGGGGUGUCCGUCUCUCCUCCAGCGGCCCCCCCUUGCUCGCUGGCCUCGUGAGUCUCGACCUGCCUCUUGACCCGCUGUGGGAGUUCCCCCGGGACAGGCUGGUGCUGGGAAAGCCCCUGGGCGAGGGCUGCUUUGGGCAGGUGGUAUGUGCAGAGGCCUUCGGCAUGGACCCCACCCGGCCGGACCAAGCCAGCACCGUGGCCGUCAAGAUGCUUAAGGACAACGCCUCCGACAAGGACUUGGCAGACCUGGUCUCUGAGAUGGAGGUGAUGAAGCUGAUUGGCCGACACAAGAACAUUAUCAACCUGCUGGGUGUCUGCACCCAGGAAGGGCCCUUGUACGUGAUUGUGGAGUGUGCUGCCAAGGGCAACCUGCGGGAGUUCCUGCGGGCCCGCCGCCCCCCAGGCCCUGACCUCAGCCCUGAUGGGCCUCGGAGCAGCGAGGGGCCGCUCUCCUUCCCUGCCCUGGUCUCCUGCGCCUACCAGGUGGCCCGGGGCAUGCAGUACCUUGAGUCCCGGAAGUGCAUCCACCGGGACCUGGCUGCCCGCAACGUGCUGGUGACCGAGGACAACGUGAUGAAGAUUGCAGACUUCGGGCUGGCCCGUGGCAUCCACCACAUUGAUUACUACAAGAAAACUAGCAACGGCCGUCUGCCUGUCAAGUGGAUGGCACCAGAGGCCUUGUUUGACAGAGUCUACACACACCAGAGUGAUGUGUGGUCGUUUGGAAUCCUACUGUGGGAGAUCUUCACCCUCGGGGGCUCCCCAUACCCUGGCAUCCCCGUGGAGGAGCUGUUCUCGCUGCUACGAGAGGGGCAUCGGAUGGACCGGCCCCCACACUGCCCCCCAGAGCUGUACGGGCUGAUGCGCGAGUGCUGGCACGCAGCACCCUCUCAGAGGCCCACUUUCAAGCAACUGGUGGAGGCGCUGGACAAGGUCCUGCUGGCUGUCUCUGAGGAGUACCUCGACCUCCGCCUAACCUUUGGACCCUACUCCCCUGCCGGCGGGGACGCCAGCAGCACCUGCUCCUCUAGCGACUCUGUCUUCAGCCACGACCCCCUACCACUGAGGCCCAGCUCCUUCUCCUUCCCUGGGGGGCAGACGUGA